AAGACACAAAGAAGGCAGUCGAAGAUCUUGCAGAGGGAAAAUCAUCCUUGUGUUCACUCAUCACCCGAACACUCCUUUCCCUGAUCGCCGCUCUCAUUCUCUUUUAUCAAGUAAAUUCCCUUACUAAAUCGCCACCUCCUAAAGUUUCCGAUUUUUAUCAAGAUAAGCCAUCCAAGUUGAAUUAUAAUUUCCCAUCGAGAUUGAUUAAAACAAAUGGAAUUUCCUUGAAUGUAAUUACUAUGGGAAGAGAGGAAAAUUUUGAUGAAAAUUAUAGUGGAGAGAAGGAUCCAUUGAUUAUUUAUCUUCAUGGUUUCCCACAAGCUGCUGCUACUUGUUGGACCUAUCAAUUGCAAGAUUUUGCCAAGAGAAACUUUAAGUAUGGAGAAAAGAGAUUUGCAUUGAUGGCACCUGAUCUUCGUGGUUAUAAUACUAGUGACAAGCCAGAUAUUACAGAUUUAAAUAAUUAUGAUAUGGGUGAACUAGUUCAUGAUAUUAAAGGAUUGAUUGAAGGAUAUUACAAGAAUGGAAAAGGAAAGGCUGUCCUUGUUGCUCACGAUUGGGGUGCAAUUAUUUCAUGGGUUUUGACAUCUACUUAUCCAGAAGUUGUUGAAAAGUUAAUUGUUCUCAAUGUUCCUCAUCCAGUUUCAAUGCAAAGAGAAAUUGGUCAAUUGCCACUCAAAACCAUUUAUGCUCAAUUGAAGAAGAGUUGGUAUAUCUUGUUCAUGCAACUUGGAUUUUCAAUUCCAGAAAAUUAUUUCAAGAAUGAUAAUUACAGAGCCCUUGCAUUUGCCUAUUUGGAUUUGGCCAAGAAGGGUAUUUUGACAAUGGAAGAUUAUCAUCACUAUGUAAAGGGAUGGGCUCAACCAGAUGCUUUGGAUGCAAUGAUGGCCUACUAUAAGGGAUUCAUGACUGGAAAGUUUGCUAAUGCUAUCAAGAUGAAAUUGGGUUAUCCAGAUGCAAGACGUUAUCCAAAAGUUGGACAAACAUUGGAAGCACCUCUUGAACAACAAAAGGUUAAGGUUCCAACUCUUAUUUUGUGGGGUAAGGAUGAUCUUGCCCUUAUAGAAGAAACUGCUGAUUUGAGCUUUAAGUAUUACAUUGAUGAAAGCGUUAAACCAAAGUCUAAAAUUAUCAAAUUUGAAGCUGGACACUUUAUUGCAUUGGAAAUUCCAAACACUGUCAUUCAAGAAAUUGAACAAUUUGUUACUCAACAAUAAUUGUAAAUAAUAAAACUAUUCUAUUU